AGUCUGUUGGAGAGAGUAUCUGAAAUACCGUUGUCUCCUCUCUCUCUCUCUCUCUCUCUAUCUCUCUCUCACAUUUUCACUUCCUCUCUAGCCAUGGACGACAAACGAAGCAAUGGCACCGCCAGCAACGACGGCCCCGGCAGCGGAACCAAAGCCGCCACCACCUCCACCAACGACUAUGCGAACGCCAGCUAUGUCUGUAGCGGGUUCGUCGACACGAGCAAAGCCGAGAGAUCGGUAUGGCUCAUGAAAUGCCCGCCCGUCGUAUCCCGGUCUCUGUCCCUGGCGAGCCCGCCCGCGUUCGAAGGAGGCGGAGAUGGCGUCGCGUCCUCCGUCCCCGCCGCCAAGGUCAUUUUCUCCGUCGAUCUUCUCCACGGCGGCGAAGAUAACUCUGAGUUUAUGAUGGAAUUGGCUUCCACUGAAUCUGGAAACGUACCAAGGCGGUACUCCAUGGAAAUGUCUAAGGACUUCAUCCCGAUGUCUGUUUUUUCAGAGUCUUCUCAAGGAAAAAUCUCUGUGGAGGGAAAGAUCCUGCACAAAUUUGAUAUGAGGCCCCAUGGUGAGAACAUUGAGACUUAUGGAAAACUCUGCCGUGAACGAACAACCAAGUGUAUGAACAGAUCUAGACAGAUACAGGUGAUUGACCAUGAUACUGGCUCUCUUAUGAGGACUAUGCCAUUGAUGGAGAAGAAGAAAUUGCCAACUAAGGUGCCAGAAACAAAAAGAACAAGAAGAGAUCGUGGAGAGAUGGAAGAGAUCGCGUUUAAGCUCUUUGAAAGGCAACCAAAUUGGACUUUAAGACAAUUGAUCCAAGAAACUGAUCAACCUGAACAAUUUUUGAAAGACAUCCUGAAGGACCUCGCUGUCUACAAUAACAAGGGGCCCAAUCAAGGAACCUACGAGCUGAAGCCAGAAUACAGGAAAUCAACUCGGGAACCAACUUCUGGCUAGGUUGUCUUACUCUGCCUACUGCUCUGUCGAAAGACGGUGAUUGAACUAAGAUUUUGCUCUUAUGAC